CAGCGACACUAAGGAUUACGGUCGAGGUGACCGGUGCAAUUUCAAAGCCCAAUACUUUAGUCACGUGCUGAGGAGCAUGCCAACAGAACGUUCGAGUUCUAACGCCAUUUUAUUAUCUACGAGCCCUAAUUUCUCUACAAUUUCAAUCCUCAAUUCUUCUCCAAUUCAUCCAAAACCCUAAAUUAUUGAUUUUAAUUUUAUUUGAUUCGUUUCUAGCAGUAACAAAAUCGGUUCUUUAAGGAAUUUUGUGGUAAAUUAACGAAGUUGCAAUGCUUGCAAGAAGAUUUAAAUGUAGAAAUCAGAGGUGGGAGUAUUUAUGUCAGUCAUUAAAGUACUCAAUUAGAUUGUACUCUGGUGAAUGCUCCAGUUUUCGAGGUUCUAUUGCUGGGGAUGCUUAUGUCCGGGGUAAUUAUGUGAGGCAACAUAUGUUAGAAUGUAGCCGGGCGAUCGGUGCUGUAGGAAAUUCUUUGCCAUUGAAUGGGAGGUUACAUACGCCUUGGCGGGGUGGUCAUUUGCGAUUUUACAGUUCGGAAGGGGGUAGAGGGAAUGCUAGAGAUGAGGAGCAUAUAUCUGUGAAAGAUGGGGUGGACUUUGACAAGAAUGGUGCCCCGCGGACAGAAGUAAAGGAGGCUGUCCAGCAAUUCGAUCAGCAUGCUCGGUUAGGGGAGCAAGAUCAGAAGGAAUGGCUGAGUAACGAGAAGCUAGCGAUCGAGAAUAAAAAGAAAGAGUCCCCCUUUCUUAGCAGGCAGGAAAAGUUUAAGAAUGAAUUCAUGCGGAGGAUUGUCCCGUGGGAGAAAAUCACUGUUUCCUGGGAAACAUUUCCCUAUUAUGUCCAUGAACAUACGAAAAGCCUCUUGGUGGACUGCGCUUCAUCCCACUUAAACAACAAGAAGUUCACUUCGGCAUAUGGUUCUCGUUUACCGUCUUCAAGUGGGAGAAUAUUACUACAAAGUGUUCCAGGCACGGAACUGUAUCGAGAGAGAUUGGUUAGAGCGCUUGCUCGUGAUUUAAAAGUUCCACUAUUGGUGCUUGACAGCAGCGUUCUUGCUCCUUAUGAUUUUGGGGAUGAUGGUGUGUCCGAAAAUGAAUCAGAUGAUGAACAUGCAGUAUCCAGUGAAGAGUGCACUUCCGGGUCAGAAGGCGAGGAUGAAAAUGAGGACGAGUGGGCGAACAAUGCUGAAGCAAAAUCAGAUGCUACCGAGGAUGACGAAGCUGAUGUGCAAGCAUCCGCUGAAGCCCUUAAGAAGCUUGUGCCUUUCAAUCUUGACGAGUUUGAAAAGCGAGUAUCUGGAGAAUGUGAAAGUGCCUCUGAAUCCUCCAAGUCAGUUAACCAGACUGCUGAUGAGUCACAACGACCUCUGAGGAAAGGCGACCGUAUCAAGUACAUUGGACGAUCUGUGCAUGUUGAAUCAGAUAGCAGGAUCUUAUUGGGGAAGAUUCCAACAUCCGAUGGGCCGAUGAAUGCUUAUACUAUUAUUCGUAGCAGAGAGAUACCAACUGGACAGCGUGGCGAGGUAUACGAAGUUGAAAAAGACCGUGUAGCUGUCAUUUUGGACAGGGGGGAAAAAGAUGGUAGUGCAGAGGAAGAUGCAAAACCUCCAAUUUAUUGGAUUCCUGUGAAGGAUAUUGAGCGUGAUCUUGAUGCUCAGGCCGAGGACUGUUAUAUUGCUAUGGAAUCUUUGUGUGAAGUUUUACAGUCACAGCAACCUCUCAUUGUCUAUUUUCCCGAUUCAUCGCUGUGGUUGUCACGUGCAGCUCCCAAGUCCAAUCGUACUGAGUUUGUUAGCAAGGUUGGAGAGAUGUUUGACCGAUUAUCAGGGCCAUUGGUCCUGAUUUGUGGGCAAAACAAAGUAGAAACUGGUUCCAAGGAAAAAGAGAAAUUUACAAUGAUACUCCCGAAUUUUGGCCGCCUUGCAAAGCUGCCACUUCCUUUAAGAAGACUGACAGAGGGACUUAAAGCAACAAAGAGAUCUGAUGACACUGAUAUAUAUAAGCUUUUUACAAAUGUCAUGUGUAUACAUCCACCAAAGGAGGAAGAGCUACUUCGUACUUUUAAUAAACAACUUGAAGAAGACAGGAGAAUAGUAAUUUCACGCAGCAAUCUGAAUGAACUACAUAAGGCUCUUGAAGAGCACGAGCUUUCUUGUUUGGAGUUACUGCAAGUUGGCACUGACGGUGUGGUCUUGACAAAAAAAAAGGCCGAGAAGGUUGUUGGCUGGGCCAAAAAUCAUUACUUAGCAUCUUGCCUUAUUCCUUCCAUCAAGGGAGAAAGACUCACUUUGCCUCGUGAAAGCUUGGAGGUUGCAAUUUCAAGGUUAAAGGAGCAGGAGUCAAUUACAAAAAAGCCUUCACAAAAUCUUAAGAAUCUUGCGAAGGAUGAGUAUGAGAGCAACUUUAUUACAGCAGUAGUUCCCCCUGGUGAAGUAGGUGUUCAAUUCGAUGAUAUUGGUGCUCUUGAAGAUGUGAAGAAGGCACUGAAUGAAUUGGUUAUUCUUCCUAUGAGGCGGCCAGAACUUUUCUCUCGUGGAAAUUUGCUGCGGCCUUGCAAGGGUAUUUUGCUGUUUGGACCUCCGGGAACUGGUAAAACUCUUCUUGCCAAAGCACUUGCAACUGAAGCAGGGGCAAAUUUCAUUAGCAUUACUGGUUCAACAUUAACAUCAAAGUGGUUUGGAGAUGCUGAAAAGCUUACUAAGGCUCUUUUUUCUUUUGCUAGUAAGCUGGCACCAGUCAUAAUAUUUGUUGAUGAGGUGGACAGUUUGCUUGGUGCUCGUGGUGGGUCCUUUGAACAUGAAGCAACUAGAAGAAUGCGUAAUGAAUUUAUGGCUGCUUGGGAUGGGUUGAGGACAAAGGAUACUCAAAGAAUUCUCAUCCUUGGUGCAACCAAUCGCCCAUUUGACCUUGAUGAUGCUGUCAUUCGUCGUUUGCCGAGAAGGAUUUAUGUGGACCUUCCAGAUGUAGAAAAUAGAAUGAAGAUUUUGAAAAUAUUUCUUGCUCAAGAGAACAUUGAGCCAAAUUUCCAAUUUGAUAAGCUUGCAAAUGUGACAGAAGGAUAUUCUGGGAGUGAUUUGAAGAACCUCUGCAUCGCUGCUGCAUAUAGACCUGUCCAAGAACUCUUGGAACAAGAAAAUAAGGUUGAGAAGAACGUUACAUCUUCAAUACUACGUCCACUUAGUUUGGAAGAUUUUAUUCAAUCAAAAUCCAAGGUAGGACCUUCAGUUGCUUAUGAUGCAGCUAGCAUGAAUGAAUUACGAAAGUGGAAUGAUCAGUACGGAGAAGGUGGAAGCCGGAAAAAGUCACCAUUUGGUUUCUAAAGCAGUAAGCAACUAAGCAAGCGACUCCUGAAUGGUUAAUCCUUCCAAAAUUGGAGUGAUUGGCACCGUGAUGAUGAGAACAAUGGGUAAAUUGCAUGAAUCUUAUGGACGAAAAAGUUAAAGAAAGAACGUUAAAAGAAAAUGAGGUGCGCAAGAAGACACGGCUCUGUGUACCUUAAAUAAAAAGCCAGAGCAGUUCUCUACUUCUCUUCUCCUGUAGAAAUAGAAUGCUGUUGUAUGCAAUACAUCGCGGCCAUAUAGUUUGCCAUACAUCAUGUAAUUUAGCAGUAGGUCUUUAUUUGUUUAAUAUAAAAAAAAAUUACGGCUUCUUUUUUUAAACAUACCUUCUAUAUUGAGAGAAUGGGAGAGAAAUUUUUCUCCGUUCUUUGUCGUAAAACUGGAGAAAGAGUGAAAAAGAGGAUUGGGGGGAUGCAAUUUGGAAUCACAAGUGAGGGAAAAAGGUCCGUGGAAUAUUUACUCGUUUGCAUUAUUAUGAUUGAUCCAACUGCAGCGACGAGUAUAACUCCCUGAAGGGGGUUCGAAUCUGUAUGUAUAUCCUAGAAUUGAUGUAAUAAACUUGGAUGUUCGUCUAUAUCAUCUCAUUUUAUGUGUAUAUUUGGCGGUAGUUAGGAAGUUUUGACUACAAUCUCAGUCAUUAGUCAUUACGCAUAUUUUGUCAUUUCAUAUUUUUGAAGUUAUGAGUUGUGUUCAAUGCUCA